AUGACCGCAGACCUGUUCAAGGAUUGGCUGACAAAAUUGGAUCGCGAGUUCGCGUUAUCUAAAUGCAAUGUAUGGCUCCUUGUGGACCAAUGCAGUGCACACGUGAAUGUGCCACCCUUGAGUGCAAUACAUGUCGCCUACCUGCCAGCGAACACUACAUCGGUGUUACAACUACUGGACCAGGGGAUCAUCAAAAACGUGAAAGUACUGCACAGGAAGCAUCUUGAGCGGAUGCUGUUGUGUAUGGACAAUGCAAAUCAGUAUGAGGUGAGCCUUCUCAGUGCUAUCCAUAUGCUGGCACGAGCGUGGGGUCGCGUAAAGGAUGAAAUUAUUGCGAACUGCUUUAGGACGUGCGGCUUCAUUCCAAGUGGUGGAGAUGAUGACGCGUCUUGUACAGUGGGGGAAGACACAAGUGACCUUGACGUUGAUGGUCUCCUGCCAGCUCUCGACGACGUCCCUUUCGAGGAGUACAUUGCCACUGACAAUUCGGUAAAAACGUGCGGCUCACUGUCGGACGCUGAGAUCGUAGAGAUGGUUCGGCCCAGCGAGCCUAGUCACGAAACUGAGGUUGACGAUGACGCCGCCGCAAGUGUUAUGUGUUCUGGUUUAAGUGCAGUUGUGCUCUAG